AUGGAUGAGAGUCUUGCACCAUUCAAUGGGAGAGUAGGCUUCAAGCAGUACCUCUCUCUGAAACCGACGAAGUGGGGGAUCAAGUUCUGGGUAAUCACAGAUUCCUGCAUUGGGUUUUGCUUGGACUGGUCAGUCUACACUGGCAAAAAUGAGCAGCAACCAAGAGAUGGUGAUGGAUUGACUACUCGUGUCGUCAAGAAUCUUUUGUGUGCUUUCAAUGGUUCUGGCCGAACAGUGUACACAGACUCAUUCUACACAUCACCUGACCUGUAUGAAUAUCUCCGUGACCAGAAGCUGGGGGCUUGCGGUACCCUAAGAUUGAACAGAAAAGGACUUCCACCGACCACGAGAGAGGCAUCCCUUCAAGCUCAGAAAGGAGACGACCCAGCGUUUUUCCGAAAGGACGACAUGUUGGGUAUCACCUGGCAUGACACCAAGAGGGUUAGUGUGUUGUCUACUGUUCAUGGCUCUGGCACUGUUGACAAAACCAUCCGUGACAAACGAUCAGCAACAGGAACUCGACAAGUGAAGAAGCCCAAAGCAGUGAAGGGGUACAACUAA